AUAAAGUGACGUAAUAUCUAGGCGACUAGAAAAUCAUCAUAAUAUUAGUCGGUGUGAUUGUUUAGUGUUUGUUUGAUUAUUUCGUCCGAACAUAAUGGCACUAGAAACAGUCCCCAAAGACCUGCGCCACCUGAGAGCCUGUCUGCUUUGUUCGUUAGUGAAGACCAUUGACCAGUUUGAAUAUGAUGGCUGUGACAACUGUGAGUCAUACCUCCAGAUGAAGGGGAACCGAGAGAUGGUGUAUGAAUGCACAAGUUCCUCCUUUGAUGGUGUGAUCGCCAUGAUGAGUCCUGAAGAUAGCUGGGUGGCUAAAUGGCAGAGAAUAGGCAACUUCAAGCCAGGUGUAUAUGCAGUUUCAGUGACUGGCAGACUACCUCCAGGCGUAGUGAGAGAGCUGAAAAGCAGAGGGGUGAUCUACAAAUCCAGAGACACGGCAGUAAAGACGUAAAUCCUGCUGAUUGUCCCCAGAGCUGGACCAUACUGCUUCACCAUGUCUGUGAUGUCUUGUGGAAAUGUUAAGUUUUUGGAGGGUUUUUAAAUUUGAAAAAAACAAAACAAAGAUUGCUGACACAUAAGAAAAGGUAGAUAUAUCUUAUUUGUUUGAAUAGUUUAUGUGAAAUAAAAACCUGUUUUAUAAAAAAGUGAGUGAGUGUCUUAAAAUAAAUGAAUACAUUGGAUUUAUAUGCACCUGCAAUCUGUGAAUUAACUAAGCUUUCAGUGUCCCCGAGCGAGUGAACAUGAUCAGUUAAUUUUUAAUGGGACUAAUCUGUCUACUGUGCAGAAGGGCACACAAUGUGUGGUUUCUGACUGAUGACCUUGAGCUGCGGUCCAAAAUGAUGAUGGUGGUGAGGUCUCUAAGAGGACUGUGGUUAGACUCAGAGUUCAUUCAACCUUUCUGGAACAGAUUGCUGAUAAAUGUUGACCAGAGAAUACAAAUAAACGCAUCCACAUUCAUGACUAA